AGCCGACACACUGUAAAGAGUUACUUUAAAACACUGCUGAUCUGCCGGUUGCUGAUCCGUGUGUUAUAGCUGUAUUGUGCCAAAUUUUGGAUAUUAUCCAACAUGACUCGUCUGUUUUUGUAUUAUUUUCUGGCAUUAGUGUUAAAGUGCUGCGUUUCUGAGGAUUGGUGUUAUCAGUCCCAGAUGUCUUGUGAACAACCGUGCAAAGGUCCAGUAGUUUGGAACGAGGUGAAUGAGUCAUGUGGUGGUAACAGACAAUCUCCAAUCAACAUAGUGUCCAAGAAAACAGUGCAGUCAUCAAGUCUCACUGAAUUCAGAUUCACUGGUUACAACGAGAUCUUUACCAGCAGGCUGAAGAAUACCGGGCAAACUGUUUCACUGGACAUACCUCUUGGGGCCAGUGUGUCUGGGGGAAAUCUCUCACAGACCUAUAAUGCUGUCCAACUGCAGUUCCACUGGGGCAACAGUGGCAGUCCUGGGUCUGAACACACCAUUGAUGGAGAGCAAUAUCCCAUGGAGUUGCACAUUGUACAUAUAAAGGACACAUACAUUUCUGUGGAAGAAGCACUGAGUGACCCAAAGGGCCAAGCGAGUUUGGGAUUCUUCUUCGAGGAGUCAGAAACUGAAAACAAGGAGUAUAGUGCUUUCAUUGAAGCUCUGGCUCAGGUGCAAGAUGCAGAAAGCCAGGCAGACGUACUCAUCUCCCUGAACAACCUGAUCCUGCAACAGAGUAAGCUGAAGGCCUACUAUCGUUAUGAAGGCUCUCAGACCACACCAGGCUGCUCUGAGUCCGUGAUCUGGACUGUAUUUAUGCAGCCUAUUCCACUUAGCAAAGAUCAGCUUGCAGUCUUCUCCAGCCUGAAAUUUAAAGACGGCAACCCCAUGGUGGACAAUUUCAGACCAGUGCAGCCUCGUAAAGGGCGGGUAGUGUAUCGUUCUAACUCUGGUACAACUGUUGCAAUGAUCAACUUUACUCUCGUCUGGCUGUGUGUGAGUACAGCUCUGAGCUCUUACCAGAUCUACUAGAGCCAGACAUUACCACACAAAUGAGUUCUCAUUUCAUUCAAACAAAUUUGCCUAAUUGUCAAAAUAUUAGAAUAUGUUUUAAUGUCUGAAUGUUUUAUGACUGAAAACAGUUGGUUUGUGUUUUCUGUCUUUGUGUACAAUUAAUUCUGUUCCUGUAAUGAUUCUUUGCUUCUUUUUUGUUUGUUUGUUUGUUUGUUUGUUUGCUGAGAGAGCUUAGGUUUAAAGCUUUUUGGAAAUCAAAUGUUAUACACAUUAUUAUUAUUAAUUGUUACAUUAAAUGAUAAAUAUAUUUAUCUAAAAUUGUAUUUAUAUAUAAUUAUUCCAAUACUUCCAGAUAAAUAAACAUGCAUCAACAUUGGAGCAUACGUUUACAAGCGCUUUAGCAAGAUUUAGAUUCGAUUCCUAUAAAGAAGUUUGCUUCAUUGGUGUGGUUGAGUUUAAAAGCAAAACCUGAAAAGUCUUUAGAAAACAUGGUCAUUACAUCGCAGACUGCAGUUUUGCAGCUUUUGAAUAAGUUUGAGGUUCUGAGAAUUACAGGUCACAUGUGCAGAACUGGGCGUUGACAGAUCAGCACUAAGUUUCCGUAUAAUUGGUUAUAAUUUGUGAUUUGUGUAAGUGUAUAUGUGGAAACAAUUAUUAAACCAAAAUGCAAAACCAAAA